AUGCGCGGCUUCUAUCGUGUGCAGUUUAAAACCAGUGAUGGUGUCGAGCACCGCAUGGCGGCGACACAUUUCGAACCAACUGCUGCACGGCGCUUCUACAUUUGUCAGGAUGAACCAGCCGCGCGCGCAGACUUCACACUUCAUGUUUCCGUGCCGUCCAGCAUGGAGGAGUUCACAGUUCUGUCAAACGGUCCGCGCAAGUCGAAAGAGCGGCAGGGUGAGGUGGUGACACAUCACUUCGAGACAAUUCCUGCAGUGCCGCCGUACCUCACCUCUUGCUUUGUGGGAGAACUUGAGAGUGUUGGCACCACCGCCUCUGGUAUUCCCGUGAAGGUCUACACAACCCUUGGCAAAUCGCACAAAGCCGCCUUUGCCCUCAAGACAACUGCCUUUGCAUUGGAGUAUUUUGAAAAGUUUUUCGGCUGCAAGUACCCACUGCCUAAGCUGGAUGUUGUGGCUGUGCCAGACUUCCCAAUUGGCGGGAUGGAGAAUUGGGGCUGCAUCUCAUGUGUGGAGUCCAUAUUGUUGGACGAGCAGGUGUCCAGUGUUGCUGGACUGAAGCGCGUCGCCGCUCUGCUAUGUCACGAGGUGUCGCACAACUGGUUCGGCAAUUUGGUUGCCGUCAGCUGGUGGGAGGGGCUGUGGUUAAAGGAAGGGUUCGCCUCAUGGUGUGGGUAUAACGCCGCCAACAGUAUUGAGCCAUCGUGGCAGUGUGACGAGGAUGCCACAAGGGCAGUUGCGAGUGCGCUGAUCAGCGACAUGUAUGAGCACAGCCACCCUGUUGAGGUGCCGAUCCGCGACCCAGCUGAGAUCACGCAGAUAUUCGAUGCAAUCAGCUACGACAAGGGCAUGGGAUUGGUGUUCAUGCUGGAGGCCUUCCUUGGGGAGAAGUGGGCAUCCUCUGUCGCGCAUUACAUUCAAAAGCAUCGUUACAGUGACACUCAAACGGUUCAGUUAUGGCAGGCGCUGGAGGAAGCCUCUGGAGUCUCGCUCACAGAGGCGAUGCAGUCCUUCACGACACAGGUGGGAUACCCUAUCAUUCACGUGAGUCGGCCGAAGCCCGGUAUCGUCGUUUUGCGACAAGAACCCUGUCAGUUCGUAUCCACAGCACAGAAGAAGAAUACGUUGUGGUGUGUUCCUAUUGUGCUCGAGGGGGAGGGUGGGGUAACACAUCGAGUCACACUCCGCGGUGGUGAGCCAAAGCAAAUAGAGCUACCCGAAGAGCUCGCCAAGUCACGUUGGAUUAAUGCGAACCCCCGCAGACAAGGAUUCUUCCGCUGCCGCUACGAUGAUGAUGCAUUUUCUCAGCUAUUAUGUGCGUAUUCCUCCCUGAACGCCCGUGAUCGCUGUGGUUUGAUAACGGAUACACUGGCUUCAAUUCAUAUGGGCAAUGAAGACAUGGAUCGCCUGGCCAUCUUCCCCUCGCUCCUGUCCGAACAGGAAGCCAACAAGAGUGUCUGGGAAGAAUAUUACAACAGCAUGGCGGAUUUUCUCGGUUUCGUGGAGAACGCAAAUCUGCGGAAUGAGCUACGGGUCGGGCUCAUGUAUAGGAUUGGGGCCAGGGCAGAAGCACUCUUGAACACGAAACCGGAAACCACAGAGGAGUGCCUGCGACGUGCCUUCUUCAUCAAUGCAGCCAUCGCCACCAUCUUGAAGAGUUUGCCAGAGGAAAACGCCCGGGAGCUUCCCACCGUAGAGUGGGCGCUGAAGGAGGCGAAGGCUUUCAUGGAUGGGGAACCGUAUUGCUCAGACACGCUUUCAAUGACGCUUGCAGUGUAUGUGCGUCUGGGACCGAACGAUCCAUCAGUGCGGACCGAUGCCUUGUGGAAACGCUUCACCGAGCUGAAUGACAGCGAUGAGGCAAGUCGCUGUAUCUUGCGAGCUCUCUGUUGGGCGAAUGAUCCUGAUUACGUCGAAAGCAUUGCAAAGAGGUGCAUUUACGGUGAUGGCAUUCGGUCCCAGUACGGUGGAGCCAUAUUUGCAGAGGUUGUAUCGAACCCUUCGCUACCCAUGGGAUACGCGUGGACGCUCUUCAAGAAACACUUCAAGGGUGUAUAUAAGCAAUGGGGAAGUGGGACAUUUCGCAUUCAAAACAUUGUGGAGAAUGUUGGCUCGUCUCUCACCGGCGAGGCCAACGCAAAGGAUUUCCAGGCGUUCUUCCAUACUAACCCGUUGCCACACGCAAAGUUAGCCAUCUACCGUGCUGGGGAGGGCAUUCGUCUGCGCGCCUGGAUGCAGGCCAAGUGGGGAGUAGGACCAAAGCUGAGCCACAUCUUCUUUCCUCGGUAA